AUGCUCGUCAUCGUCGUCGUCCAGCAACAGACCGAACCCCUCGAAUUUCCGGCCGCGAAGGUGACGAAAGAGAAUAUUCUCAAGAAUGAGCAAUUCGUGGAUGCGAAAGAACGAAAAUUCACCGGAGCAUCGCUUGCCUACAUCACCCCGUGGAACAAUCGAGGAUAUGAUCUCGCGAAAUGGGCGGCCAACAAGUUCACGCAUAUCUCGCCGGUUUGGCUGCAAUUCAAGCCGCAAACAGCCGACAUGGCGGCCAGCUGCCGGAUCGAGGGCACGCACGACAUUGAUCGGGGCUGGAUGGCCGAUAUUCGAAAGAACAACAGCGAGAUCAAAUUCGUGCCGCGAAUUCUGUUCGACCAGUGGCACGUCGACGAGUUGAAGCAGUUCCUAUUGAGCGAGACAUGGAGCCAGCGAUGCUUGAAUGAUUUGCUCAACUUUUUGCAGCGAAACCAAUUUGACGGAGCGGCCGUCGAACUGUGGAUGCAGGCGCUGAGCGUGGGCCGUGAAGCACCGGGGUACCUAACCGAGCUGUUCAACAAGUGGGGCGAGGAGUUCCACGAGCGCAAUAUGCAACUCAUCGUCCCCGUUGGCGCCCCGUUGAGCAACAAAAUGGAAAUGACCGGCAUCUUCACGCCCGACAUGUUCAAGAUGAUGCCGAAUGUUGAUUAUGUUCAGGUUAUGACAUACGAUUACCACGGCACCAUCGGAGUCGCGCCCUAUCCAUGGGUGGAAAAUACGAUCCGGCUUUUGGUUGAGAAUGUACCAGAACGGGCGAAGGAUCUGAUGAUCGGACUAAACCAUUACGGAUACCUCUACAACGAUCAGCAGAUGGAUCCGGUGCAGAGAGAACGAUUCCUUGAAAAGUUGAAGGAGAAGAAUGCCCGAUUGGAAUGGGACGAUAUUGUCAAGGAGCAUCGGCUUAUCACCAGUGAGGGACGUAUCUAUUACCCGAGCCUGACCAGCGUCGAGUCGAGGAUCAAGCUGGCCAAGGCGUACGACGUCGGCAUCGCCAUUUGGGAGCUGGGGCAGGGGCUCAACUAUUUUACACAGGUUUUG